UCUACAGGACAUAAUUGUAAUUUCACUCACAGGAUAAUGUUCUUUGUUAAAUGCUUUAUCAGGAAAAACAAAUGGCAUCAAGUGUCAUUGCUACGUUUAUCAUUUGGAACCAUAGAAAAAAAUUCAUUGAGAAACAUGAUAACUUUGGAUGAUUUGGAAAGAAGGAAAUUGAGGAAAUACACAUGUUGAAGGGUAAUUGGAAGAAAUGAAGAAUCAGAAAACAAAGAUUUCUCUAUGGGCACCAGAAUGGAGGAGCAUGAUUGGCAUAGAUCCAGAGACUCUAGGGGCAGGAGUAGAGAAAGAUCACCUGAUCUGCAUUAUUCUGGAAGAUCCAGAGAAGAAAGUCGAUCUCGAGAAAGAGGCCAAGACAGAUCUACUGAUAGGAGAAGGAGAGAAAGGAUGGACUGGCAGGAUUGUAGGGAUGAGAGGGGGCAAAGGCUGGAACAUACCAGUAGUAAGGAAAGACCUUCUGACCCCUAUGUGGAACAAUCUAUGUUCAGGGGCCCAGAUGGUAGAAAUCUAGACAUGAAAAUUGCUGCAUCAACAAAAAUCAUGAUAAGAAAUAAUCCAGAUAUAAUUCCUGCAUUUGGGUGUAAUCGUCUUGAAAAAGCUGUUUAUGGUUUGGGCAACACUCAAUACUUCAUGCUGCACAGGAGGAAAGGUGAGGGUCGAAGACCCAUGUUUGAUUUUGAUCGACCUCAGAUUGAAUCCCAAGAGAUUUUUCAGCUUCCAUCUUCAGGAAGAAUGAAACUUCAGAUAAAGAACAAAAUCAAGAAAAAAGAAGAAAUGACAGAACUUCAGUUGCAAAUUGCAGUUGUUGCAGAAACUUUUCUCCAGGAGAGAAACAGGGGAAGAAACUCUAAAGAAUCACUAGUACAGCCACAUGUUGCUACUUUGGGUUUGCCAGUACAGAUGCCUGUUCAUCCAGGAUAUGAUGUUCCUCUUGUUCCACCAGUUUAUACUGUUCCUCCAGUAGCUCCAGGACAGGUUUACUCCAACCCUCCUCCCCUCUCGGUUCCUGUCUACUCUGCUCCUCCUCCCAAUAUUGGACCUGGAUAUCCUCAACUACCUCCUCCUGGUUAUCCAUCAGUAGUUUCCUCACUCCCUCCACCUUCAAUAUAUAAUCCACCUCCUCUGGUACCAACCCCAGCCCCAGUUCUUAACCCGUUUAGUUUACCACCUCCACCUGUGGCCUCCAGUGUACUCUCUUCAAAUCCUGGCAAGGAACCUUCUAUAUCAAGGUUGGAAACCUCAGGAAAUAAAGGUUCAAGUAGUGCUCCUAAUCACAGGGAUAGGUCUGCUAUUGAUCCUUGUGACAGCAGGAAAAGACCUUCAAAUCAUACAGGACCAAGAAACUCUGUUGAUCCUUGGGAAGCUAGAGAUUAUCCAAGAAAUGGGGCAUCAUCAGAUAACAGGCAGAGGAACAGGAUUGAUCCUUGGGAAACCAGAGAUCAACCAAGAAAAGAGACUAAAUCAAAUAAAAUGGAUAGGAACAUUGAUCCUUGGCAAAGCAGCAACAAACAAGCACAAUCUAAUGUGUCUAUGAUGAGAGGAGAUACCCACACACAUCUCAUAGCCAAACAAUCUGUGAAGUCCUCCAAAACGGCUCAGCAACAACUUCCAUCACAACAAGGACAGAAAGAACCUACUGAGGUGGUUAAAGAUGAUGAAUAUUUUAGAAAUUUGGCCAGACAACGAAUUGCAGCAAAAACAGGGUCUGAUCGUAGCGAGGUUGAAAAGGAAUCUCUUCCUAAUAAAGAACAAAAUAAAAAUGAUGUUACUCCCACAAAACCUGUUCAAAACCCGUCUGCAUGGGUACAAAUUCAGCCAAAUGUUUAUGCCAGGCGCAAACCAAGAACAAUGAAUAAGCAUCCUGAUGCAUGGGUACAAAUUAAGCCAAAUGUUUAUGCCAACCCAAGAACACUGAAGAAGCCUCAUGCAGGGGUACAAAUUACUCCAAAUUCGCAUGUUAAUCCAAAAACAGAGAAAAACCGCAAAACUCGAUUAAGAAGACAACUAAGUAAAGCGAAGAAAUCUGGUAAUCUCCAAACAGAACAGACAAAUAAAACUAAUUUAGCCCCAACCAACCAAAAGGCGCAACCUAAAAAAAAGAAAAAGAAGGGAAAGCAAGUAGCAAAUCAGAUUCCUACCGGUAUAUCUGUCUCAAUAACCCCCCAAAAUGUACCAAAACCAACUCAAAAUAUUACAACAACACUGCCCUUAACUGGAGCAACUCCUUAUAAAAAGGCUGUGCAACCUAAUUUCAGUGGAUUGGAUAAGAACAGAUUUAAAGAUCAAUGUAGUCGCAAAUCUUUGAUGGAAAACAACUCUGAAUUCCCAACAAUUGUAGAAAACAGAUGGGAAGGUGAUAACUACUUUGGUGAAGAGAGUAGGCGAAUUAGAGAAGUAGCUAGUCCAAGAGGUUUUGCUAGCAACGCUUCCAAUUAUAUUGGUGAAGAGAUAAGGCGGGUUAGAGAGAUAUCAAUUCCGAGAGAUAUUGCUGAAAACACUCACAAUUAUGAUCACCAGGCUGGAUUCAGGAGUAGAUCCUGUUCAAGGUCAAUUUCAAGAGCAAGGACUGAGUUUUCCAGAAAUUACCAAAACGACAGAUAUCCUCUAGAAGACCCAAGUGACCGACAGUUAAGUCCUCAGCACUCUGCCUUUAGAAGAGACGCGUUUAGUCCCAUUGAAAGUGAUGAAGAAGUGUUUGAACCCACAGGAGAAUCCAGGAUUUCUACUUCUAUAUAUUCAAACCAUUCAAGAAUAGAGGAGAGCAGAUAUCCUGGGGAGGAAAGGGACUUAAGUCCUUAUAUUGUAAGGGAUAUGUCACCGGACUUGAGGGAUCAAAUGCAGCCAAGAGUUACAAGUUCUCACAUGAAUGAAACAGUUGGUCACGGGUUUUCACCAGGUUAUUAUGAUGAACAAACAAGCUCAUUUGUACAAGAAAAUCUGAGAGGUAGCUCAGUUGGUAGAUUUUCUGAACCUGAUCUGGAUCAAAGUUCUUUCUCUACCCAUCCAGCUGGAAGAUUUAUAGAGGACGAUCUAGGUCGUAGCCAUGAUGUUUCUGCUGUCGAUGAUUGGGAUAUUCAUCCUAAGGAUGAUUUCUUUGACCAGCCAGUUCAAGGGAACAUGAGGAAAAGGAGAAGAUCUGUCAGUUUUGACAGAGAAGGACCUUCUCAUAAAAUCAGAGAACGUCCAGUUUUUUGUGACUCUGAGGAUGACAGAGGGUUUGUUCACGGAGAAUUCCGAAGUCCAGAAAAUUAUAGAAAUGAUCUGAAUCAGAGAGAAGGCCAUUAUGAGGAUGAUUGGGAUGCGCAUCCAGAUCAUGGAAGGAACUCGAGAUUCGACCCGAGAUUCAGCCCUUCAAGGAACCGGGAGUAUUCUGGUGAUAUCAACGACAGGAACUGGAAGUAUUCUGAUGAUUUCAAUGAUACAAGAGAUGAAAACAUCGAUGUUUGGGAGAAUCAACCAAAAAGAGAUGAAAACUUGAGGGUCAGAGAAAGAUGGUGAUGAAUGGAAUCUACAUUCUUCAAUCAA